ACACACGUUCUUUUCACUCGCGGCCGUCACCUCGUGGUAGUGCUGCCCAGGCCGUUGCUCGACGGUUUUUCUCGUUUUCCCGGUGGACCAACGUUCCGGAACCGCCGCCAAGAUGAGUUUGUACAACUUUAAGAAGAUUAUGGUGGUGCCGCCGGCAAAGGCCUUCAUCGAUAUUAUGCUGUCGAAGACCCAGCGGAAGACGCCGACUGUGGUUCACAAGCACUACAAGAUCAGCCGGAUCCGGGGCUUUUACAUGCGCAAGGUCAAGUUCACCCAGCAGAACUUCCACGACCGGCUGUCGCAGAUCAUCCAGGACUUUCCGAAGCUGGACGAUGUGCACCCGUUCUACGCGGAUUUGAUGAACGUGCUGUACGAUAAGGACCAUUACAAGCUGGCGCUGGGGCAGCUGAACACGGCGAGGCAUUUGAUUGAUACGGUGGCAAAGGAUUACGUUCGGCUGUUGAAGUUUGGUGACUCGCUGUAUCGGUGCAAGCAGCUGAAGAAGGCCGCGCUGGGUCGGAUGGCCACGAUCAUGAAGCGUCAGGCGUCGAAUUUGACCUACCUGGAGCAGGUCCGGCAGCAUUUGUCGCGUUUGCCGUCGAUCGAUCCGUACACCCGGACCAUCAUCAUCUGCGGCUUCCCGAACGUGGGCAAGUCUAGCUUUAUCAACAAGGUCACACGCGCGGACGUUGAGGUGCAACCGUAUGCGUUCACGACGAAGAGUUUGUACGUUGGCCACAUGGACUACAAAUAUCUGCGGUGGCAGGUGAUUGACACGCCCGGUAUUUUGGAUCAUCCGUUGGAGGAGAGGAACGUGAUUGAGAUGCAGGCCAUCACGGCGAUGGCUCACUUGCGGGCGUGCAUUCUGUACUUUAUGGACAUUUCCGAGCAGUGCGGCCACUCGAUCGAGGAACAGGCCAAGCUUUUUGACAGCAUCAAGCCGCUGUUUGCCAACAAGCCGCUGGCGUUGGUGCUGAACAAAACGGACAUUCUCACGCUGGAUGAGCUGGACGCGGACAAGCGAAAGAUCAUCGACGAUCUGGUCGACGAUCCGGAGGAGAUCCCGAUCAUGCAAAUGUCCACGGUCACCGAGAAGGGUGUGAUUGAGGUCAAAACAGAAGCUUGCGAGCGUUUGCUCGGAUAUCGCGUUGAUCAGAAGCUGAAGUCCAAGAAGAUCGAGGGCGUGCUGAAUAGGCUACACGUUGCUAUGCCGGAGAAGCGUGACGAAAAAGACAGACCGGCGUGCAUUCCGGAAGCGGUGCUGGCCGCCCGCGCCGCCAACGCGGACAAACUCGCCCGUCGCCAGCGCAAGCUCGAGAAGGAAAUCGAACAGGAAAUGGGCGACGAAUACACGCUGGAUCUGCAGAAGAACUACGCCGACAUCGCCGAGGAAGAACGCCACGACGUCAUUCCCGAGUUCCUCAACGGAGUCAACAUCGCCGACUACAUCGACGCGGACAUCUUCGAAAAGCUGGAAGAGCUCGAGCGCGAGGAAGGUCUCCGGCUCGAGUCCGGCUUCUACGAUCCGCCGCCGCUCAACCUGGACGAAACUCUGCUCGAGAUUCGCGAAAUGGCCAAACAGAUCCGCCUCAAGCGCUUCCUGCUCAAGGACUCCAAAAAGAUGACCGUCAAGAGUGGCCGGCCGGUCAUGCCCCGCCACAAGCAGGCCGUCGUGCGCGACCGCAAGGUCGACAACCUGCGCAAAACGAUGGAAAACCUCGGCGUCGACAUGUCCGGCACCGAGCAGGCCAACUUCACCAAGAACCAGGUCGACAUCCGGCGAAGCCUCGUCCCGGCCGUCGGAGGACCAAAAACACCGAAGAAGGACCGCGAAUCGCUGGCCAUCUGCAAAGCCACCGGCAAACCCCUCAAGCGGAAGACCCCCGGCAUCGAGCUCGGCAUCAAGGACGUCAUGCUCAAAUCGAAGGCCCGCGUCAUGGCGAAGCACGACAUCGCGAAGAAGGUCACGAAGAUGGCGCGCAAGGGCGAGGCCGACCGGCACAUACCGGACCUCAAGCCGAAGCAUCUGUUUGCGGGCAAGCGCGGCACGGGCAAGACCGACCGGCGUUAAGGCGUCUUCUAGCGUUAAUUUUAAGGAAGUAUUUGGCGGAUGGAGCAACACAGUUUUUUUUAUUUGCCUCAAAAA